CUCUGGGAGUAGAGAAAGAAAAAUCAAUGGAGGCAGAGAAUUGCAGGCCAUUAGGCUUCUUGAUUGGUCUUCCUUUUGCUUUUCUUUCCUUAAUCUUAUCUCUCGUAGGCCUUCUUGUUUGGGUUAUUGGGAGUUUCUUGAGUUGUAUAUGCCCGUGUUGCAUGUGCUGCGCUGGAAUUGCAAAUUUCUCUGUAAGCCUUGUGAAGAUGCCUAUCAAUGUAAUCAGAUGGUUUAUUGAUUUGAUACCUUGUUGAUUAUACACACACACACAUAUAAGAUU